UAUCAUUUCACCACACAAAGAGGCCUUGAAAUGGCAAAUUAUAAGCUUAAUUUGAUGUUGGUUAUGGCUAUGGCUGCAUUUGCGGUCCAUGUUGCUGCAAGAACUGCCCCCAAUGAGGCUGGAAAAGGCCUCAAUGACCAAAAGAACUUCCUCAACUAUGGUGGGAUCGGUGGUAUUGGUGGCAUUGGUGAUAGUGGACUCCCCUUCGGAGGCGGUGGCGGUAUCGGCGGGGGAGGACUCGGAGGGGGCGGUGGCUUAGGGGGGCUUGGCGGCGGCAUUGGUGGCGUUGGUGGGGUUGGUAUCGGUGGCAUUGGUGGCGGAAUUGGCGGUGGCGUGAUCGGCGGGAUUGGCGGUGGUGGUGGAUUUGUUAAACUUCCUUGAACUAAACUUAGAGGGGUUCUAUAAAUUUGGUGCGUUUUGAUGUAUUUUGUAAUGUUUGGGACCUCUAGCUAGGAUUAUAAUUAAAGGUAAGUAAUGCAUGUUUGUUUGUUUCAUGAAUUUAGUUAACUAUAUCUUGUUGGCAAGGAUGUUUGUGUGAAGAAGAUUUCGGUGCUACUCGUUUUAAGUGUAGGAAUAAUAUCUAUUUUUGUUCCCUCCGAAUAAGAAUAAUAUAGACCAAAUGCACCUAUUUAUCCGUUUUAAGUAUAGGAAUAAUAUUCUCUCUUUAUCA